AUGCUGACCACCCCCAGUUGCUCUAUUCCUCAAUUCUGGGUCGGAGGGUAUCCCAUUCCCGUAGAUUGUAGCGCCAGAUUGGCGUUUCUGCAGUGUCCAGUGGUUGUCCACGAAACAAUUGUCUAUUGUUCCUUCGCCGGUGCCGUGGUCGGCCCAGUGAACAUGUCUCCCUGGAGUAGCCCCGGGGGUCGACUCUCAUUGGUAGCUGCCUCUUUGGUGUCCUCGACCUUUGCCUCGGUUUCGGUCCCGGUCUCGGUCCUGUCACCUGGCUAUGCGCUGACGCCUUCCUUCGGCGUCGGUUCUCUUCUCGAUGUCUGCGGGCGUGUAAACCGAUACCCAGUACGUUAUGAACCCAUGCUCAACCCAGAAACCUGA